AUGGCUAACAAUCAAGCUUCUGUGUUGGUUAACAAAGUGAAGCCGCACAAGGAUUCUUGGAAAGUGCACGUCAAGCUACUCCAUUCAUGGACUCAAAACACAACUUAUGGAGGGGAAACUUUAGAAUUUGUUCUUGCUGAUCAAACAGGCGGAAAAAUUCACGCAAGUUGCAAAAUAAUUCAGAUGUUUCGUCUUCAACGAAGUCUCCCGCCGGGUGAAUGGAGAUUCAUUGAAAACUUCAAGGUUUCAGCUUCUGGUGGUAAAUAUCGCCAGACUCCGCUACCUUACAAAAUAACUUUCACAAGUGACACACUCAUAGGGAGGUCAGUGUUUGAGGACGAUGAUCCUUAUCCUAAUCUUGUGAGUUAUGAAGAUAUUGGUGGGCAAGGUUCAGAUGCAAAUGUCCUCAUCGAUAUCAUUGGUGAAGUUUUCAAUCUUGACGGAAUACAAAUCGUGCAAGUUCAUGGGAAAGACCGAAAGAGAGUUCACUUUCGUUUACGUGACACAAAACUGUUGCAAGUGAAUCGUCCUCUUGCUAUUAUGGGUACAAAGAGUGACAAUCAAGUGAUUAAGCACCAAAAAACAGAUUGGGACGAUGUUCAAUUCAGAUCCAUUGCUGAGAUAUUGGUGGGAAUUGAGGUUCAGAGUUGCAAAAUAAUAUGUUCAAUUGAAUCUGUCGAUACAGAUUGGGGUUGGUUCUACUUUGGAUGUUGUGGCUGCAAUAAACGUGUCUCUAGGAUUCGUAGGAAUGAGUUGGCUCAAAACGAGAAACCAUUAUGGUAUUGCGAGAAAUGUCACUCAAAUGUCACAAAGGUUGAACCGAAGUACAAGCUGCAUUUGAAUGUGAAAGAUGACAGUGGUUCAUGCAAAUUGAUGAUGCUUGACACUAUAACCAGUGCCAUUGUUGGUUGUGAGGCUGUUCAAAUUUGGGAUGGUUCAUAUGAUGAGAUUGAAGAUCCUGAAGUAAUCCCCAUGCCCCUCGAGAGUUUAGUUGGAAAGUCUUUUUCUUUUGGUAUUUCAAUAACCUCUGGAAAUCUAGAUAGCGGAUCCAACACUUUCUAUGUUUCUGAAGUAUCGACUGGUAAUGAUCUUCCUAAACUCGAGACUCAAUCUGAACCUAUUUCGGCUUUAGACACUAAUUCAAGCACUCUGUCCAGUGGAGAGGUUCUGAUGCUCAAGCCAAAUUCUGCGAGUUUAUCUGAAGGAUUUACAACAUCAACUGUCAAGCGCAAGGAAGAAGAUGCUGAGCUGAAAGACAUUACCUCUACCUCUAAGAAGUUGCACACUAAGCCAGUGAAGUUGGAGAAGACUAAGGAUGAUACUAAGUGA